AUGAAGGAGUCCGACUAUACCGAAGAACAACUGCAGCGUCCGGCUGCGAACUAUGUUGUCCUCAUCCACGAGGCCAUCUCGAAUUCAAAGGAAGGGAAGCUCAACUUGCAGCAGAUCUACAGUGCCAUUGAGCGCAAGUAUCCCUAUUACAAGUUCAAGACUGGCACGACUGGUUGGCAGAGUAGUGUUCGUCACAACUUGGGCCAGCAUGACGCUUUUCGCAAGGCCGAAAAGGAGGGCAAGGGCUGGAUGUGGGCCAUCAAC